CCAAAAAAAUGCAAUCCCUUUGCCUAGAAGAAGCCUCACAAGCAUGCCUCCAUGGCUGCUGCCCGUCACCUUUCCUCACCUCACAUUACCCUCAAACCAAAACUUCCAAGCCCACCAACUCUUCCGCGGCUUGCCGCCGUGACUUCGCCUCCAAAACCUCUUCCUCUAUCUUCCCCAACACCCAUUUCACCAGCCAUGAAUCCCUGCCAUCCAUGCAUGACUCCUUUGUUGAAUUCACCAAGGCUUAUCCGCAGUAUUCCGAUACCUCCCGGGUUGACCAAAUACGAGCUCAAGAGUAUUACCAUCUCUCCUUCUCCAACCAUACAUGCCUUGAUUAUCUAGGCACUGGCCUCUUCUCCUACUCUCAACUGCAAAAGCACGAGUCCCCGACGUAUCGAAUUGCCUCGUCUUCCUUUCCCACUCCACCACAAUCGCCUCCUCCGGUUUUGGAUAUUCCCUUCUUUGGGGUGACUUACAAGACGGGGAAUCUCAAGACACAGUUACUUCACGGUAGACCAACAUCAGAGUUGGAAUCUAGUAUCAGGAAGAGGAUCAUGGCUUUUCUUAAUGUUUCGGAAAGUGAUUACUCCAUGGUUUUCACAGCAAACAAGACAUCGGCUUUCAAACUCGUGGCGGAAUCUUAUCCCUUCAGGUCCAAUAGGAAGCUUUUAUCGGUCUACGAUUACGAGAGCGAGGCGAUUGAAUCCAUGACCAAAAGCUCAGAGAAAAAAGGGGCUAGAGUUACGUAUGCAGAAUUCUCAUGGCCCAAACUGAGGAUUCAGUCAUCAAAGCUGAGAAACAUGUUGAUGAGCAAGAAGAAGAAGAAGACGAGCAGAGGUCUUUUUGUGUUCCCACUUCAUUCCAGGAUGACUGGAACCAGAUAUCCUUAUCUCUGGAUGAGAAUGGCAGAGGAAAAUGGAUGGCAUGUGUUGAUCGAUGCGUGCGCAUUGGGUUCGAAAGACAUGGACAGCUUCGGCCUCUCACUUUUCCGUCCGGAUUUCCUCAUCUGCUCUUUCUAUAAGGUUUUUGGAGAAAACCCUUCAGGGUUUGCUUGCCUCUUCGUCAAGAAAUCAACCUUUUCAGUCUUGGAAACUUCGACAACUUCAGGUAUUGUAGGUCUUACCCCUGCCGAGACGCUGUUCCAAGAACCGACUGUAUCUCCCGAACUCGAAAGCUUAGCGUCACAAUCUGGAAGGAUUGAAAAAGGGAAGACAACGAUCCGACAUGCAGAAAUUGCAGAUAAACUAAAAGGGUUGGAGAUGAGUGAAGUUUCAGAACCAGAGAAGGCUAUUGAGAUAAUUCAACAGGACAAUCUUAAACAGAAAGGGGAAAUCGAGUGUAGGGGCUUGGAUCAGGUGGACUCAUUAGGACUGGUAACAAUCAGCAACAGAGCAAGGUGCAUCAUCAACUGGCUUGUGACUGCUCUAUUGAAACUCCAGCAUCCCAACACCAAAGGGACUCCCCUGGUUCGAAUAUAUGGCCCCAAGGUCAAAUUUGAUCGAGGACCUGCAAUUUUUAAUGUGUUUGAUUGGAAGGGAGAAAUCGAACCGGUUCUCAUACAAAAGCUAGCGGAUCGGAGCAAUAUUUCCCUCAGCUAUGGGUUCCUACACCACAUAUGGUUUGCAGACAAGUAUCAAGAAAAGGAGAAAGUGAUGGAGAGGAAAAUAAUGAAACCGACAGUGCAAACGGAAACAAGCAAAGACAAAAAUGAUAUGGGAAUAGCUGUGGUUACUGCUGCAUUCGGGUUCUUAGCCAAUUUUCAGGACAUAUACAAGCUCUGGGCAUUCAUUGCUCGGUUUCUUGAUGCAGAUUUCGUGGAGAAGGAACGGUGGAGGUACACUUGUUUAAAUCAGAAAACUAUUGAAGUCCUCUAAUAAUCUAAAUUUCAAUACUAUCGGACAAUCA